UCUUCGAUCAGUUUGCAUUUAUUAGAAUCAAAAAUAUCAAGGUAGAAAUUCUAUGGCUGCUUCAAUGAGAGAUGUUGAUCCUGCUUUUCAAGGAACUGGACAAAAAGCUGGGAUUGAAAUAUGGCGUAUUGAAAACUUCUGUCCUGUUCUUGUUCCCAAGUCCUCCCAUGGCAGAUUCUUUACAGGAGACUCUUACAUAAUUUUGAAGACAACCGGGCUAAAGAGUGGCACCUUGCGUCAAGAUAUUCAUUUUUGGUUGGGUAAAGAUACAAGUCAGGAUGAAGCUGGUGCAGCAGCCGUGAAGACUGUUGAACUGGAUGCUGCACUUGGUGGGCGUGCUGUUCAGUAUCGUGAAGUACAAGGCUAUGAAAGUGAGAAAUUUCUCUCUUAUUUUAGGCCAUGUAUAAUACCUCAAGAAGGUGGUGUUUCCUCUGGCUUUAAGCAUGCUGAGGCAGAAGAGCAUAAAACAAGGUUAUAUGUUUGUAAAGGAAAACAUGUUGUUCAUGUAAAAGAGGUUCCUUUCGCCCGAUCAUCUCUCAGCCAGGAUGACAUCUUUAUUCUGGAUACUAAGUCUAGAAUUUUCCAAUUCAAUGGUGCUAACUCUUCCAUACAGGAGAGGGCUAAAUCAUUAGAAGUUGUGCAGUAUAUUAAAGAUACAUAUCAUGAUGGAAAAUGUGAUAUAGCCACUAUUGAGGGUGGAAAAUUGAUGUCUGAUGCUGAAAGCGGUGAGUUCUGGGGCUUUUUUGGUGGCUUUGCUCCACUCCCUAAGAAAACAUCUAAUGAUGACAACUCCAAUGAUAUUUUUCCUACGAAGCUAUUCAGUGUAGAGAAGGGGCAGUCACAGCUAGUUGAGGCAGAUUCUUUGAGGAAAGAGUUGUUGGACACAAAUGGAUGUUUUCUUCUAGAUUGUGGGAUAGAAUUUUUUGUGUGGAUGGGAAAAAAUACUUCUCUUGAUGCAAGAAAAAGUGCAAGUGGAGCUGCAGAGGAGCUAUUCCGAGCUCUUAAUCGUCCAAAAGCUCAUACAAUUCGUGUCAUGGAGGGGUUUGAAACAGUUAUGUUUAAGUCAAAGUUUGAUUCAUGGCCUCAGUCUUCUGAAACAGCUGUAGCUGAGGAUGGCAGAGGAAAGGUUGCUGCUCUUCUUAAACGCCAAGGGGUUGAUGUGAAGGGCCUUGUAAAAUCUUCUCCUGCAAAAGAAGAACCCCAGCCAUAUAUUGAAUGCACCGGAAAUCUGCAGGUGUGGCGGGUGAAUGGUGGAGAUAAGAUUCUCCUUUCAGCCUCCGAUCAAUCUAAACUUUACAGUGGAGAUUGCCACAUUUUUCAGUAUUCUUAUGCUGGUCAAGAAACAGAGGAAUGUCUUAUAGGGACCUGGAUUGGGAGGCAAAGUGUUGAGGAAGAUCGAGUUUCUGCCGUUUCUCAAGCCAGCAAGAUGGUUGAGUCCCUAAAAUUUCUACCGGUUCAGGCUCGAGUAUACGAGGGGAAUGAACCAUUGCAGUUCUUAUCCAUCUUUCAGGACUUUAUUGUAUUCAAGGGUGGGUUGAGCGAUGCAUACAAGAAAUACCUUGCGGACAAUGAACUUCCAGACACGACUUAUUCAGAGGAGGGAAUUGCGCUGUUUCGUAUCCAAGGAACCGGACCUGAAAAUAUGCAAGCUAUUCAAGUUGAAACAGUAGCAUCAUCUUUAAACUCAGCCUAUUGCUACAUACUCCACAAUGGAUCUACUGUAUUUACAUGGUCAGGGAAUCUUACAAACUCUGAAGAUCAAGAACUUGUUGAAAGGCAGCUGGAUAUACUAAAGCCAAAUCUGCAGUCCAAACCGCAAAAGGAUGGCAAUGAAUCUGAGCAAUUUUGGGAAUUACUAGGUGGUAAAGCAGAAUAUUCCAGUCAAAAGAUUAUUCAGGAUGCUGAGAAUGAUCCUCACUUGUUCUCUUGUACAUAUUUAAAAGAAAGCUUGCAGGUUAAAGAAAUAUACAACUUCAACCAGGAUGACUUGAUGACGGAAGAUAUUGUUAUCUUGGAUUGUCACUCCGCCAUAUUUGUCUGGGCUGGACAACAAGUUGAUUCCAAGAUUAAGGUUCAUGCUUUAACUAUCGGAGAGAAAUUUCUUGAAGGUGAUUUUCUUCAGGAGAAGUUGUCACGUGAAGCUCCAAUUUAUGUCGUUAUGGAAGGAAGUGAACCGGCUUUCUUUACUCGUUUCUUUGAAUGGGAGUCUGCCAAAUCCUUAAUGGUUGGGGAUUCAUUUCAAAGAAAACUUGCUGUGGUGAAAAAUGGAGGAGCUCCAAUUCUAAAUAAGCCGAAAAGGCGAAAGCAAGUGGCAUAUAGUGGAAGAUCUGCUGGAACCGAAAAAUCUCAGAGAACUCGAAGCAUGUCUUCCAGCCCUGACAGGGCCAGAGUAAGAGGAAAAUCCCCAGCAUUCAAUGCACUUGCUGCUAAUUUUGAGAAUCCAAAUACUAGAAAUCUUUCAACUCCUCCACCUAUAGUGCGCAAAUAUCCUAAAUCUAUUACCCCAGCAGAAUCAGAAAAACAAACGGCUUCUAGAGCUGAAGCUAUUGCUGCAUUAAGUGCAAGGUUUGAUCGACCAAGAGAUACCAAGAUGAUACCUCGUGUUGUUAAAGCGAGUCCAAGUAGGAUAGAAGCUUUAACGAUACAAGAGGAUACAAAAGAGGGUGAAGCUGAAGAAGACGAUGGACUCCCAGUAUACCCAUAUGAACGGCUUACAACAUCAUCCACAGAUCCCCCGACAGAUAUUGAUGUGACCAAAAGAGAGGUUUAUCUAUCAUCUCAAGAGUUCAAAGAGAAAUUUGGAAUGUCUAAGGAUGCAUUUAACAAACUACCCAAUUGGAAGAAGAAUAAGAUGAAAAUGUCCCUUCAAAUGUUCUGAUUCAUUCUUCGUGCCUUUGGUUUUUCCAUAACUGCUUCAGCCG